AUGGUGGGAGGGAGCAAGGGCAUGGUGGGAGGGAGCAAGGGCAUGGUGGGAGGGAGCAAGGGCAUGGUGGGAGGGAGCAAGGGCAUGGUGGGAGGGAGCAAGGGCAUGGUGGGAGGGAGCAAGGGCAUGGUGGGAGGGAGCAAGGGCAUGGUGGGAGGGAGCAAGGGCAUGGUGGGAGGGAGCAAGGGCAUGGUGGGAGGGAGCAAGGGCAUGGUGGGAGGGAGCAAGGGCAUGGUGGGAGGGAGCAAGGGCAUGGUGGGAGGGAGCAAGGGCAUGGUGGGAGGGAGCAAGGGCAUGGUGGGAGGGAGCAAGGGCAUGGUGGGAGGGAGCAAGGGCAUGGUGGGAGGGAGCAAGGGCAUGGUGGGAGGGAGCAAGGGCAUGGUGGGAGGGAGCAAGGGCAUGGUGGGAGGGAGCAAGGGCAUGGUGGGAGGGAGCAAGGGCAUGGUGGGAGGGAGCAAGGGCAUGGUGGGAGGGAGCAAGGGCAUGGUGGGAGGGAGCAAGGGCAUGGUGGGAGGGAGCAAGGGCAUGGUGGGAGGGAGCAAGGGCAUGGUGGGAGGGAGCAAGGGCAUGGUGGGAGGGAGCAAGGGCAUGGUGGGAGGGAGCAAGGGCAUGGUGGGAGGGAGCAAGGGCAUGGUGGGAGGGAGCAAGGGCAUGGGGAAAGGGCUGGUCAAGGGAUCGCUGCAUGGGACGUGGGGGAAGAAGGGGGCCGGCCAAGGGGAGACCCGAGGAGGAUAG